CGCUAUGGCCUGAACACUGAGCAGUGAACAAGCGCACGGGCACGAUGUCGGACGGAAUCAAAAUGAAUGGCCGCACCCGGUCCAAACGAUUUUGGAUCAUACUGGUCUCUGUCAUAAUUGGAGUGCCAGUUUUCGUCAUCUUGGUGCUGCUCAUGGUGAUUCUGAUCAAGGCAGCGGUUAUUUCGACUCCGCAGUGCAACAUCGGCAUUUUAAAUAACGCCAACACUGCCGGAGUGACUGAUGACAAUAUCUCAGCAAGAGCUGGAAGACUGGCCGGGGCUCUGCGAAUCGAAACCGUCUCUUACGAUGCGAAUAAUCAAAACAAAUCGGAAUUCGUCGUUUUGCGCAACUACCUGGAAACGAGUUUUCCACUGAUCCACGCAUCCGAUUUCGUGGAGCGGCAUAUUGUGAAUGAUUACAGCCUGCUGUACAAAGUGUCCGGUUCGGAGCCAGGCAAGCUUCCGUACCUGCUGACGUCGCACAUGGACGUGGUUCCAGCGCCGCCUGCCAAUUGGAAAUAUCCCCCUUUCGGCGGGGACAUCGUGGACGGCGAAAUUUGGGGACGAGGCGCCAUCGACGAUAAGGGAGGCGUCAUGGCAAUCAUGGAGGCGCUGGAAUAUUGGCUGAGUCUGGGGGCGCGUCCCAAAAGAACGUUCUACAUUGGUUUCGGCCACGACGAGGAAAUCGGCGGCCACCGAGGAGCAUUCCAUAUCGCUAUAAAACUGAAGAGUUUGGGUGUCAACAAACUAGAUUUCGUUAUGGACGAGGGAUUAUUCAUCACUGAUAAGAUUCUUCCUGGCGUGAGUAAGCCAGCUGCCCUCAUUGGGGUGUCGGAGAAGGGGUACCUGGAUUUGAAGUUGGAAGUGACGGGGAAAUUGCAGCACGCGAGUUACCCGCCGAAUGAAUCGCCAAUCGGAAUUUUGGGCCGAGCCGUUGGCAACAUUGAGAAAAGAAAGCAACCCGUUUAUUUCGGUACAGGACCUGAAGCGGACACUUUUCACUACGUCGCUUCCUCGACUGAUUACGGAAUAAGGAUUUUCUACGCAAACAUGUGGAUCUUUGGCUCAUUAAUGGCUUCUUUCAUGGAAAAAGACCCUCUUCAGAGUACCGUGGUGAAAACUUCCACAGGCUUAACAAUGUUCAACAGUGGCAUAAAGGAUAACAUCAUUCCAGAGGUAGCGACCGCUCUAGUGAAUCACAGAGUUCACCCUGGACAAACGAUCGAACAAGUAAUUCAGGAGGAUCGCAUAUCAAUCAGUGACGGAAAAGUGAAAAUAAGUGUAGAGAGCCGAAUCGAUCCGCAUCCAGUUUCUCCAUUUGGACCAGACGCGCUUGUUUUUCAGACCAUCUCCACCUCUGUUUACCAAACAUACGAAAAUAUAGUGGUCGCACCUUGCGUAUUCAUUGCCGCGACGGACACGGUUCACUACUUACAAUUCAGCAACAAAGUGUACCGCUUCUUCCCGACAAAAGUGACGCCGGAUGACGUGAGCAGGUACCACGGGGACAACGAGAGAAUCGCCAUCGAAGACUACAAGCUGAUGGUUGACUUCUACUUCCGCUUCAUGCAAAAUUCGGACUUGGUUUUCGACUUGGCGCCAGACGACGAGCAGCCGGUGCUGACUCGCAGCCAAAACGAGGACGAGUUGUGAGUGGCGGAUUGAUUUUGUGACAAGCAGCACAGAGUUAGACACUCAACACGAGCACACUUAGCAAAGUCCGGGCCGUUUGCUUUUUACAUUAAAAGUGGCGACUGCGAGAACUUUUUAAUUUCAUUCGAAAAGAGCAGAAGGCGAGAGAGAGAGAAACUUUUCUGGCGGCAGGGCAACUUGUCGGAGGGAAACGUCCGCCGCCGCGCUGCUUGUGUGAACCGACGAGCUGCAAAUCAAAACGCCGCCGACUGUGCGAAAUAAAUUCGUUUCCAAAUUGGAUUACACUUGGCAACGGCCGGAAUGGCAGGAAUGUUUAAUGUUUGCCAUGCGCGCAUUGGUCGUGCAAAUUUGAUUUGAUUAAAAAUACUUUUGUUGA